ACUUGGUUGCAAUCAUUGCAAGGUAUUUUAUACACAACAUUGGAUCGUUUGCCCAUGGGGAUCUUAUCUUUUCCCGUAUCAAAAACUAGUUGUAAAUCUUUUGAAUUUUUUCCAACAAACUUGACAUUAUGUUCGGCGAAUAGACGGUUAACUGCGGGAGCAGAGUCAAUAUUAUUGUCAGGUAAGUUGUUGAUGUAGGUGCGUCUCUUAUUAAUAUGUUGGUGUAAUAGGUCAUGAGGAUAAUCAUUCCAUCUUAGUAUAUUGUAUAUGAGCGACAGGUUUUUUUUCUGGAACUCUGUACCAGCAAGUUUGAUGGCUCGGUCAACUAGGUUAAUGAUGGUGCCUAUUUUGUAGGACAUUGGAUGGUGAGAAUUAAAAUUCAGAUAUCUUUGUGAUCAGGUUUUUUUGUGGAACCAAUUUGUUUUGAUAUUAUUAUUGUUGUGUAUCAGCAAUACAUCUAAGAAAUUGAUGGCGUUAUUUUCUUCUGUUUCGAUAGUAAAUUGUAAUCGUGGAUGAUAUCGGUUAAAAGUAUUAAGAGUGUGAUCUAUUUUUCCUUUAGGAACAGCAGUAAGACAACACAACAAAUAUUGUUUAACCUUAACUGGAUACAAAAAAAUUUUUUGUCCCCAUUACACAGUCCUUUCUACAUAAAUUUUUUUCACAAAAUAUUUGCUGUUUUUCCGUAUAAUUGUUUAUAUUUGGCUCACCUUCACUCUGGAUCAUAUUUGUUUCUCCCAUCAGUCGUUAUUCACCUGUUGACCCAAUCGGUUCAACUAACAAUAAUUUUUGGUUAGACAUGUGGAACAUAGUCAUAAAGAGCCUACCUCCACUUCUUGGACACUUGCAAAUUAAUUUUACUGCUAAAAAGACCUUCUUUAAAAACCUUUUAACACAAUGACAUACUGACUGUGAAGAAACAUAGUUCUUUAAUCUUUUUAAUUAAUGACUUCCAACUAUUAACUCCUACGUGUAAAAUAACUAGAAGAUUGACAUUGACUGCCGUCAUUCAAAGAACAUUGUCUCCACCAAUUGUAAAUUGUGAAUUCGACUACAUCUUAGUCCACUUACUUAUAAAAAAAGUUGAAUAAAUAAAUCGUUCUGAGGAGGGCCCAUAUCCGGGUCGAAACGUUAACUAAAAAUACGUUUAAUUAGUUGACCGAUCACCAAGAUUCUGUAAUAGAUGUGUCAUUGCACCAUACAAUGAGUCUGUUGCUGCAUUUUAUGCAGUUCAGAAAUUCAACGUUAAACUGCAUUCUGUUCACGAUAUCCAGUACGAAACUUCAUACCGUAAACCUAGGAACAGGAGCUUUGACUAUGUAUGACGCUACGCACGGCAAUUACGUGACACAAUGUACCCUCUCCUCUGAGAUGGUAAAAGUGAUAUCACUCCUCUCUGUUCCGGGGGUUGCCAAUAUUAUGAUUGGUUUGUUGGAUAAAAAAUUAUUCUCCGUCACCUGGAAACUUGACGAAAUCACAGGCUAUCCUACAUAUAACGAAUUUGCCAAACUUGCCGAUGAAACGGUGACAUAUACUUGCGCAGCUUUGACUCAAGAUGGCCGGUACGUCAUCACUGCGGACACUGGCUGCUCUGUUACUAUUCACAGUCUUCGAAACGGGUAUAAAACAAUCAAAACGUACAAGAAAUCUGUUACUAGCCUUGAUACUCAGUGGCUAGAGAAUGAACGCUGUCACAUGAUCUGUGCCGGCAGUCGUGAUACACUUGUGCCAAUGGUCCACAGGUGGAGAUUUGACCCUACGGAGAAUCCUGUUUCUCAAAGGACAAAAAUCGAGUCGCUUAUGCAACUAAAGGAGGUCAAAUAUUCUUGUUUGAUUCUAAAAGAUUUGAAUGAUUAAAAAAAAUUAUAGUAAUCACACCGUUACCUCAGAAGCGGUGAUUUUAUACCAAGUAUUAUAAAUCUGAGGAAAUGGGAUGCGACAUUGUGAAUUAAAUACAAUAAAGUUAAUUUAAACCGAUGCCCACCGUUGUUAACGGCAGUUGUCAUCGAUUGUUAUGAACUGGUGAGAUGUUUAUACAUUCCUCUUUGUUCAAUAACAGCCAUGUUCCUAUCCUUGAAAACCACAUCGAGGUCACCGAUGGUAUUAGUGCAGUGAUAAUGGGUUUUAUCUAAAUUAGAUGACAUUUUUUAAGCUUAUAUCUUGUCGAUAAGUGAAUUAUACAUAUAUCGAUGGCUCAGCGGAACAACAUUGCAUCGUAGAAUUUUAUUGUACUUUAGAUUUGAUUUCAAUUUUAAGUAUAUCGAGUUAAAAUUCAGAUUGUAACAUUUCCUAAGGCUGCCCCGCAGCUGCGUGCAUGCGAUUUGAAAUUAAAAUUAUUGUUGCUGGUUCUCACAAAACGUGAUUAAGUUCAGUCAUGUGCCAAAAGAUAUUAAAUAUUUGAAUCGCGCAAUUGAGAAUAACGAUUAAUUAAUCAUCAUCAAUGAGCAAUUGACGAAAAUAAUCGAGCGUGUUAGAUAACAAGUGUAGUAAUUAAUUAUGCUCCACAAAUGAGCCAUGAUGAGGGAAAUAAAAGUUAAAUCCUAAUCGCAUUUCCGUGUUGAACAGUAUCAAUAUUUCUUGAGUAGCGAAAAAGCGGAAAAAAUUUCGAAUGACAUUGUUAUUAGAGAUACGAUCGUAUAGAACCAAAUUUUGAGAUACAAUGUUUUUGUGCUUACAAUCAGCCAUCGAUGUAUGUAUUUUCAUGUGUUUCAUUCGGGCGGCGAUGUGAAAAAAAAAAAAAAUUGAUAAUCGUACUUCUGGUCUAUACAUAAUCUAUUUAGAGU